AUGACGAUAAGCUUUUUAUGUGAUUGUCUCUUAAAACCAAUUGUUCCUACUGAAAUGGUUUCAAACCAAGAAUCAGGAACCUCAAGAAAAGAUAAAAAAGUUACUAUUGUGUUACCAAAUGAAGUAUUACCGUCAAGAGAAGAAAUGCCGAUUGGAUUAUUUAGCCAAUCUUAUAUUCCUGAUGAUAUACAAGGAUUUCAACCAGACCUAGAUCCAAGACUUAGAGAAACUUUAGAAGCUCUUGAUGAUGAUGCUUACAUAGAAAAUGAUUUAGAUGAUGAUUUUUUUUCAGCUCUUAACACUGAAGAAUUACCCGAAGAACAGGACUAUGAGGAAGAAGAGACAGAAGAAAGUAACUGGCAAACAGAAUUUCAAAAGUUUCAAAAAAGUAAGAAAAGGGUAGAAAAAGAUAUUGAUGAGUAUAGUGAUGACAUGAGAUCAAGAACUACCGGAAACUAUUCUAUGUCAAGUUCUAUUAUGCACAGAAAUGAUAAACUUCGAUUAUUAGAUGAUCAAUUUGAAAAGAUCGAAAAGGAAUAUAUGGAGGAUGAUGACGAUGAUUCUGAUAUCGAAUCAACGUCGUCCUCUCAAGUUCGGCAAGAUUUUUCUCAAAUUCUUGAUGAAUUCCUUCAUAAAUAUGAAGUUGGUGGUCGGAAAAUUGUUCCAAAAUUAGGAGAUACCGUACAAGAUCAAUUAGAGACAAUUCGCCAAGAACUGGGACAAGUCUGCCUUAAUGAAAAAGGAUCGGAAAUGAUUAACAAAGUUAAUAAGACUGAUAAAGAGUAUGUUGAGAUUGAAAGUGAACCACUUACAAAAAGACAGACUUGGGAUUGUCAAUCAAUUCUGAGUACAUAUUCAAAUCUUGAAAAUCAUCCGACCUUAAUACGCGAAAAACCUCAUGAAAAAUUAAGUACCGAGAAACAGGAUGGACUUUCUACAGUUGAACGUACUCAAGAAUAUAACUCUGAUGACGAUAGUAAGAAAUUUCAAGAAAACGAAAAACUCGACUCAGAGAGACAAGUUGAAAUUGCAGAAGAUGAGAAUGGACAAAUAAGAGGCAUACCUAGAUCAAAAAUUGAAUCAAAAGAAGAAAAGAGGCAGAGGAAAGCAAGCGUAAAGGCCGAAAGAAGGAAUCGUCGACUCGAAAAAAAAUCUUUCAAACAAGCUUUUGCUAAAGAACAUCUAAGACAAAACAAGAUCUUUCAAAAUCUUGAAAAAAAUUUUGCCAAUGCCAUUCACUUGGAAUGA